CACAGCGGCGAAUUCAAAGCUCAUUGAGGGCUGGACGCGGAAGAGCGGGAGCGAGCUGUCGGCGGGAUGGAGGUGGCGGAAGACGGGGUGCGGGGCCCCGCGCUAGAGGCCCUGGGCAAGCUGGCACACGUCCUGGAGCCUACAGGCCUGCAAGAGGAGGCGGAGCUGCCGGCCCAGCUCCUGGCGGAGUUUGUGAUGGUAUGGGCAAGCCUGGGAGCUAGGGAAGCUCCGGGGUCCCCUCGUGGGGGUACUCGGCAGAUGUCCCUCUUCUGCCCUCUCUCUGAACAGGACUCCCGGAAGAAAGACAAGCUGCUGUGCAGCCAGCUGCAGGUGGUAGACUUCCUGCAGAACUUCCUGGCUCGGGAGGACACUGCCCAGGGACCAGAGCCCUUGGCUUCUGAAGACGCCAGCCGGCAGAAGGCAAUUGCUGCCAAGGAGCAGUGGAAAGAGCUGAAGGCCACCUACCAAGAGCAUGUGGAGGCCAUCACCAGGGCCCUGAGCCUGGCCUUGCCCAGGAUAGAGGAGGCCCAGAGGAAGCGGGCGCAGCUCCAGGAAGCCCUUGAACAGCUCCAGGCCAAGAAGCAAGUGGCCAUGGAGAAGCUGAGAACAGCCCAGGAGCAGUGGCGGCUGCACCAGGAGAAGCGUCUGCAGCAGCUGGCGGAAGCUUCUGCGGAGGUGAGGCUGCGGCAAACGGGGGCCCAGCAGGAGCUCCGGCGUCUGCAUCAGGAGCUUGGAGCCCUACGGCAGCAGGCGGGGCAGGAACGGGACAGGCUACAGAGGCACCAGACCUUCCUCCAGCUGCUGCACACCCUGCAGGGUCAGCUGCCGUUUCCCGAGGCAGAGACAGAGCCCCCACGGAAGCUGGACCCUGCCGAGGAUGAGCCCCAGCAGCGGAACACCGGGGAUGCCGUGGGGAGAGACGGGGCUGGGCCAUCCGAGGCUGACGGCCCACCGCCUGCUGUGGACGUAGGCUCGCCGUGGCUCCCUGAGGGGCAGCGCCACGGGAAAGGAAGCUAGAGCUGCACGGCGUCCCUGGACUGCAGAUUCCAGAUUUACCGCAGCCAGCAUCAACACACGUGACGAUCUAGGUUGCCCGCUCCGCAAAGUGAUCAAGAUAUUCGUGUGUACGGACAUCUGGGUUCUGUGCUCCCAGACCGUGAUUCCUACAGUUGCCCACUGAAGGUCUUCGCAGAGGCUGGAUGGCCCAGGAGGGACCCCAGUGAAUCUCCUGAGCUCCGGAUACACCCACCUUUGUCCUUGCUUGUCACAAUCCCACCUCCCGACCGAAGGGUUAGUGGCUUCCGGUAGUAGAGUAUUUUAUCUCUUGGCCACCUGCCGGUCUACUGGCAGGAGAAACUCAAAUAACCAUCGGUUGUCAUAGCUUUCUAUUUGUCGAAAUUCAAGUCUCUGCUACGAAGAAUGUCCCCCACCCAGCCUUCCUCCAAGACAGAACCUGUUUACAUAGACUGAUUUAAUAGGGGAGAGAAGUAUAGAUUAUGCGCUGGAUCCUGAGAAUGAUAAUGAGAUAGGUCACUCCUAACCACC